AUGUUGCAAAUACACAACUCAAAGAUAGUCAGCAGCAACAGAUUCACAGACACAAAGAUGGCUAUGCUAGCCAUAGCAUCCGCACUAAUAUUUAUUACAUUCUGUCUAAUUAGUCCAAUCCCAGGCCCCAUUAAAAAUAUAUACAAAUUAGACACAGAUAACUUUAAACUAGAAAUGUUCGGGCUAGCAUUAAUUUUAUUAGGGGUAUAUAUUAUACCCUUAUUCGUAAUUGUCUUAUAUAAUAUAUUUCCCACUGCAAUGAUCUAUAUUAAUUGCGCAAUUUCCCUAAUUAUGGCCGCAGCUUCCGUUAUGUUGUCAAUUUCAGUAAAUAACCUGGGUAGCGCCUUUUCAGCCCUACUGCUCUUCAUGGCAAUGGUAUUCUUUGUAUACAGAAUCAUUAAGGCCCGUAGGAUUGUCAGGAAAUUAAUUAAAAUUGCAACGAACAUAAUACUACUAAACAUACAAGCGUACACUGCAGCAUGUAUAUCAUGCAUACUUACAACAGCAAUAUGUGUAUACACAGCUACACUACUACUUUCAUAUUGUUUUACACCACAAGGAUCCAAUGAAAUGAUACUUAUUAAGGUGUUGUAUGCUAUUAUGUCUUGUGUACUAAUGGUAAUAUACGUUGGUAAUUGCAUCGUUGUAUUUUAUGCUAAAGUAGCGCACCAGCACAUGCUAAACCUGGCAAACCCAAAAGAGUACACUAGAAAUACCUUAGUAGCAGGCGUAACUAGGGUUAUUUUGUCAACUGGUACUAUUUUUAUUGCAUCCCUGUUGAAGUUUGUCAUAUCCUUGACCAGAUAUCUAACAAAGCGGUCUUAUAAUAAUAACAGGAGAGCUGGUGGUGGCUUAUUUGUUUCCUUCAUUCUAUUUAUUGUACUUUUAGUUAUAAGCCUGUUGGAAUUACUGGUUGAAGAGUUAAAUAGUUACUGCUUAGUGUACAAUGCCUUAUUUGGUACUAAAUUUAGUCACUCCAUGAAGCAUGCAUUCCAUGAGUUUAAAAAGUACGUUGUAAGUUGCUAUUUAAAUAUGGCUAGUAUAUGCAUUAUACCCAUGAUGGUAUUUGCGUCUUCGGCUAUGGUAUAUAAUAUGCAUUAUAUAACCAGAUUAUUUAGUGUAUAUAGCCUGCAUGCACAGAAUUACAAUGGUCUUGGUCUAGUAUGGGGAAUAUAUGCAGUGGCAUUAGGUGGGUCACUGAUGACUGUGCCCAUGGUACGUGGUAUACUAAUUGCAGUGUACUUUAUACAGCACGCAGACACAGAAUUAGUCGAGAAGGCAUACCCUAAGUAUAUUAUAAAAGAAGGGGCAGUGUUUUAG